ACACCGUUAUAAACACACCACACCUGACAAAUCAGCGAACUAAAGUCAUCAACAAUCGUUCAGUGGAGAGGGAAGAGAUAUCUUCGUUUUGCUUGUCUGCUUUUCGCGAUUUCAUGUUCGGUGGUGCAUCGCUGCUGUUAAAUAAUCGUAAUCACCGUUGAAGCACCGUAAGGUCGGCCACACUUUCUCCCAGAUAACGGGCCUCACACUAGACGGAAGUGCCACGGAUUAACAGCAAACAUGGAGAUCGAAUUUUUGGAUGCCAAAUCAUCGAAAUCGCUUGGCAAGUGUCGUGUUUCAGGCGACACCACACUGCAAGCGCUUAAAGCCGAGGUGCACAAGCUGAAACCCGCCCUGACCGUCCAUCGCCAGUCGCUCCGGUUGGAACCACGCGGCAAAGCACCGAAGGAAAGCGAAACACUGAAAACGCUCAAUGUGUCUUCGGGAGGGAAAAUUUAUGUUCGCGAUCUUGGGCCACAGAUCAGCUGGAAGGGUGUAUUCCUGGCGGAGUAUGCAGGGCCAAUAUUUGUCUAUCUGCUUUUCUACCAGCGACCAUCACUCAUCUACGCCAAUGCCGACAAUCCGAUGAGCCUUACCGCCAAGAUUGCGGCAGCAUGCUGGGUCGGACACUACUCUAAACGUCUGCUAGAGACACUGUUCGUACACCGAUUCUCUCAUGCAACAAUGCCACUGAGGAAUCUGUUUAAAAAUUGCUCCUAUUAUUGGGCGUUCGCCGGGUACGUGGCUUAUCACGUUAACCAUCCACUAUUCACGGAACCUUGCUCGGCAUUGGUGUAUGCCGGGUUGGCCACUUUUGUGGUCAGUGAGCUGGGCAAUUUCUCUAUUCACAUUUUGCUGCGCAACUUGCGACCGGCAGGAUCGAACGUGAGGAAAAUCCCCGUACCGGAUGCUAAUCCACUCACGCAACUGUUCAACUUUGUCUCGUGCCCAAACUACACGUACGAGUUCUUCUCGUGGGUCGGUUAUACCUUGAUGACGUCCUGCAUUCCAGCCGGCCUCUUUGCUGCUGCCGGCAUGUACCAGAUGACCGUAUGGGCUCUCGGCAAACACCGCAACUACAAGAAAGAGUUCAAAGACUAUCCGAAAAAUCGCAAAGCUAUUCUUCCGUUUGUGCUGUAAGGGGAACAAGCUUGCCUAAUGCAUACAAUUAAGCACGUGCAUUGCUACGUGCGUCGGUAAGAGAUUACGUUUUGGUAUUUUUUACGUUUAAAAAGGUAUAAUGGGUAUGUGUUUGAGCUAUUACUUUAAAGCACCUAAGUUUGCCGUUUUUUUUGUAGCUAAGAUUUUUUUUGCGUUUCUCCUAUGGUUGAGGUUAUACUCCCCUGCUUAGGUUGGAAAAUGGUCACAUUGCAGAUUUAGAAGACCUUAUCACCAAUGUCCAUUAUUUUAUAUCACUUUCCAAUGCCACACAUACAACAAACAAUGAGCGCUUCUUAAGGUUUAAUUCGGACACAGUUAGAAGGACGCAUUUACAUAUAUGUUAAGCGAAACAACAACGUGUUUUUUGCUAAAAUAUUUUUUCUAAAAAACAUCAUUCCUUUAAAAGGCGCAUCUGCUAUUACUCUUCAACCAUGAUUGAGAACAACACUUAAGAAUCAAAGCUAGGUAGUAGACAUAAUUGAGGGGAUUCAAAGAAAUGAACAAAAUAAACUAAAUUAUAAAAAAGACAA